CUCCUGGGAAUUUGGUGGUGUAGGGCUAUGAUGAAGUUAGUCGCGGACACAAUUUUGGGAUAGGAGCUGUAGAAUGGAUUUCUACUGUUCUACCCUUAUCCUCCUCCUUCCCUCGCUCGACCUUCCCAGUUCCUAGUCUUGCUUACGGCAACAAGGGUUUAAACGGAACAGACUGAGGAAGCAAUGCCUCCCGCCAUUUUAUCUUCCUACCAAAUUAUCACCAUCAAAACCCUAAAUCUGUAUUACUGAUAAAGUGAGUCUUUCGUUGUUUUCUUUAUUACUUGUCUUUCCAGUUUCAAUUUCUCUGCUGUACUUAUUAAUCUUUGAUUAUCUGUAUUUAGUGUGAAAAUCUCGUCAUGGAUGUAUUAUUAUUCACAACCUUCGCACCCCAAAGGUGUUUACAACCUCUCAAUUUAUCAAAACAUAAAACUUUUAAAAACCCUUUAAUGUUCUUAGAGUUAGGAACUAGGUUCACUUGUCGUAAACUGGAAGUAGGUUUUGUUCCAUGGAUUUGUAGAAAUGUAAGCCGAGAUAUGUCAGUUGUUGAUAGUGCUGAAGAAAGGGAAGAGGAGGAGGAUGAACAAAAAGAAUCUAAUUUAGAUUGGGAAGCAGAAUUUCUAGGGGAGCUCAAUCCAUUAGGUUUCCAGCGACCGAUUAAGAAAAAAACACGUCGAAAAACAAAAUUGGUUGAAGAUAGUCAGGGAAUGGAUUGGUGUAUGAAGGCAAGGCUAGUCGCACUGAAAUCGAUUGAGUCACGGGGUUUAACACGUUCAAUGGAAGAUCUGACAACAGUUAAGAAGAAGAAGAAAAAGGAUAAGAAGAAAAAGGAUGUAGUUAGCAAGAAGGAGAAGCUUGCUGCUAAGAAAAUUAAGUUGGACGAGGACGAAGAGGAUUUUGAUGAAUUGGAAGAUGACACUUUUUCUAUAGAGGCAGCGAUGGACGGAGAUGGCACAAAACAUCUUAGAAAGACGGUAAGCAAUUUGGGUGGCGGUAUGUAUGAAGAAAAGCGAGAGAGAACAAUGGAAACUUUAGUGCAAAGACUCUCCCAAUUUUCUGGACCUUCAGACCGAAGAAAAGAAAUUACCUUGAAUAGAGCUAUCUUAGAUGCACAGACUGCAGAAGAAGUAUUAGAACUUACAUCUGAGGUAAUAUCUGCAGUUGGAAAAGGGCUGAAUCCUUCACCUCUUACUCCAUUGAAUAUAGCCACCUCUCUCCACCGCAUUGCUAAAAACAUGGAGAAAGUGUCAAUGACAAGAAGUCGUAGGUUGGCAUUUGCCCGUCAAAGUGAAAUGUCUAUGCUCGUGGGUAUGGCUAUGGCAGCCUUACCUGAAUGCUCGGCGCAGGGUGUAUCAAAUAUUGCUUGGGCAUUGUCAAAGAUAGGAGGUGAAUUGCUUUAUUUGUCAGAGAUGGAUAGAGUUGCAGAGGUAGCAACUACAAAGGUAAAUGAAUUUAAUUCACAAAAUGUUGCAAACGUGGCUGGUGCAUUUGCUUCGAUGCAGCACUCUGCUUCGGAGCUCUUCCUGGAACUGUCAAAUAGGGCAUCAGAUAUAAUUCGAACUUUUCGAGAGCAAGAGCUUGCUCAAGUUUUAUGGGCCUUUGCUUCUUUAUAUGAACCUGCAGACCCAUUGUUCGAUUCUCUGGAUAGUGUCUCUAAGGAUGCAGGAAAACUAACCUGCUGCAUAGCAGGAGAAAAAUCCAGCAGUAAAGAAGGAAGAGACGUAGUAGAAAGCAUUGGAGAUCUUGUUCUAGCAAAUGAUACAUUAGAUACCCAUGUGCUUAGUUUUAACAGGGACCAACUUGGUAAUAUAGCUUGGUCAUAUGCUGUUCUUGGUAAAUUGGAUCGGGUUUUCUUCUCCCACCUUUGGAAGAAUUUGAGGAACUUUGAGGAACAAAGGAUUUCAGAGCAGUAUAGGGAGGAUAUCAUGUUUGUGUCACAAAUUCAUCUUGUAAACCAGUGCCUGAAGCUUGAACACCCGGAUCUUCACUUACAUCUAGCGAGUGAUCUGGAGGAGAAAAUAGCACGUUUGGGAAACACGAAGAGAUUCAACCAGAAAAUCACUUCUUCAUUCCAAAAGGAGGUCGCCCGCCUUCUUGUUAGCAUGGGUCUGGAAUGGGUUAGAGAACAUUCGGUUGAUGGGUACAGUUUGGAUGCAGCCUUGGUUGAUAAGAAACUUGCUUUAGAAAUUGACGGCCCCACUCAUUUCUCAAGGAACUUGGGCAAUCCUUUAGGCCAUACAAUGCUAAAACGGCGCUAUGUUAGUGCAGCUGGUUGGGAACUAGUAUCCUUAUGCCAUCAAGAGUGGGAAGAACUUCAAGGUGAGUUUGAGCAGCUAGACUAUCUAAGGGAGAUUCUCAAGGAUGGGCUUAUGGAAGAACCUUGCACCUGAACUGUAUAUAGAAAACUAAGAGAUGAAGGUCAGACCAUUGAGGAAUUAGUCAGCGAGUACGGUAUAUUAGGAAAAGGUCGAGAUUUUGCGUGGAAGACUUUGCUUCAGGGGAUCCUGAUUUUCUGCAGUAAGAUCUAAAGAUGAAGAAAUAAGUCACAUGGGUGGUAGAAUUGUAGUAGAGUGAGGAUACUUAUUUAUUUUCCUAAACGUCUUUCCUACACAUCGACUACUUACAGUGGGCAGGCACGAAUGUUUCGUCCAACUGCUGAUGGGUGUAUAUGCGAGGAUCUGGGGUGCAUAGGUACUGGUACGGUAUCUGAUACCGAUACGUAUUGGAGAAUCCGAUUUGGCAUUUUCAAAAAUGGCGGAUACGGAUGCCGACCGUUACGGCAUAUAAUUUUGUUGGUGUAAUUUUAUAGGAAUCAAUAAUGUCACUGUACACCUAUAUCUCACAACAUUUCAAUCCCAUGUUGUUAUCACUCUCAACCCUCUUUAUGAGGGAAGUAAACUCCAUUUUCUUUUUAAAGUGUUUCUCCGUUUCACAUGUACAAAGCACGUGAAAGCAAGAGAGGCCUUUAAAAAGACAUUUGAAUAGAACACCUUUAGAAAAACA